UCCUGCCUCAGGAAAUCCAAAGUCAGGUCCGGGAUCGGAGCCCAGAGACCUGCGCCCAAGCAGUGGCCCUGGCGGAAGGCUUCAUUCUGAGGCAGCAGGAAGAACAGGGGCACGAGCCGUUCCGAGAGGUGGCUGUGGAUUUUUCUGAAGCGCAGAGAGCUCCGCUGGAUGCCAGGCAGAGGCAGCUUGGCAGGGAGGUCAGGAAAGCAAGAUAACGGCGGCACCUGCCUAGUGGGCACCACUAACACAGCCAGCAGAACCAAGGAGCAAUUUGAACACCAGGGAUCGAGGAGGGAAGACGUAGAGGAAGAGGCGGCAGCACCUGCAGCCCUGGAGGGAGCCCAAAGGAAAGAGAAAUCCCACCUCUGCAUCGAAUGUGGCAAGAGCUUCACCCGCCCCUCAGACCUGGCCAAGCACCUGAACGUCCACACAGGAGAAAAGCCCUACCUGUGCGUCGAGUGCGGGAAGAGCUUCAGCCAGCUCUCACACCUUACGAGACACCAGAAAAUCCACUCGGGAGAGAAGCCCCACAUCUGCUCCGAGUGCGGGGACACCUUCAGCCAGCGAGCGUACCUUGUAAGUCACCAGAGAAGCCAUUCGGGAGAGCAGCCCUACCGCUGCUCCUACUGCCAGAAAUGCUUCAGCCACCAGUCGGCCCUGAAGAUCCACGAGCGGAACCACAUGGGCCAGAAGCCCUACGCCUGCGCCGACUGCGGGAAACGCUUCGUCUCCUCUUCCUCCCUCACCACCCACCGGAGGAUCCACACGGGGGAGAAGCCCCACGCCUGCAGCGUGUGCGGGAAGAGGUUCAUCCAGCACUCCAACCUCGUCUCCCACCAGCGGACGCACUCGGGGGAGAAGCCCUUCUCCUGCAAAGUGUGCGGCCGGAGGUUCGCCUACCCUUCCGACCUCACCAGGCACCAAAAGAUCCACACGGGAGAGAAGCCCUACCCGUGCGACGAGUGCGAGAGGCGCUUCACCAGGCUCUCGGACCUGAUCACGCACCAGAGGAUCCACACGGGGGAGAAGCCCUACCGCUGCAUGGAGUGCGGGCGGAGGUUCAGGCAGAGGGGGGUGUUGGUGAAACACCAGAAGUGCCAUUCGAAAGAGAACCCGAGAGGAGGCGAGUCGGCGGAGUCUCAGCCCGGCGGCGAGUUCAAACUCUGCGAGAUCAAGCAAGAGAAAGAAGAACUGGAGAGCCUGGCAGAAUCCGGUUUGAUUCCUUCUCCCAGCUCCUGAUGCUCACCAUCACUCUCUUACGCCGCUGCACCAGAGGGAGGAACGAUCUCGUAGGCUACCCAGAAGGGUUUUCACUGUGCUUUUAUUUCUUUUUUUUUAGUUAAAUAGUUCCCCUUCUUUUGGUGCUGGCUAAAACCGGUUCCAAGAGCAGCUAUCCAUUGCCACCUGCCGCUUGGCCUGUGAACAGAUGUUGGGAAGCGGGGUGGAGUGUGUGCAUUUUGUGGAUGGGGAGAAAGGACGCAAGGAAUCCGCCUCACCCUCUCCCGCUUCACACGGCUGAAUGGCCUGCUGUCACGGCAACCUUUGGAAGAAGCGGAGGCGAGGUGGAACGCUCUGUGUACAGCAGUCAAAUACACCUGUCUAAAGCAGCUGGCCUGUCUGUGUUUUAGCUAGAUGCGAAAGGGACGGCAGGGAAAUAGGAUUUCCUCUCUGCUACCUUGAGGGAGAAGCUGGAUGCAGUGGUCUACUUUGUACGUCUCCAAAGGGACAAUGGCAUCUUCAACGCCAGACAUUGUUGCUGGGCUGGGCUGGAAGUGAAUGCAGCUGACAGGGG